AUGUCGUCCAAGCAAGUUUCCAGUAACACUCCUCAGCAGGAGAAGCUCUUGCUUAACCCAUUUGAUGUCAAUGACGAUCAGAUGUUGGAGAGAAUAUACAUAACCCAUUUCCAUUGUGUUGAGAAGUACGACGUUGCAACUCUUUACAGUAUUGCUUCAAACGUGAUCAACCAAUCAAUUGUAAUUGCUGAUUUGAUCAAGGAGAAGGAGAGACAAGAAAUUGAGCAAGACAGAGAAGAAAAGGAUCCAUUAAUCUCUUUCCAACGACUCCCUGUCUUGAAGCGAAUUGCUUGUCAGAUGAUUUGCACGGCUCGUGGAGAGCAAUAUGCGCAUCAAACAACAAUGUUGAUCCUUGAACAGCUGAGAGACUAUUCUUGGGAUGCAAAAGCAGUGAUAGCUCUUGCAGCUUUUGCUCUUGAGUAUGGCAAGUUUUGGCAACUUGCCCCAACGCCACGGGACAAACUUGGGAAAUCGUUGGCAGAGUUGAACGGACUUCAUAGCAUCAUGGAAAACAUACAGCAACUUGCUAACUUCAACAAUUUGGUAAACAAGGUUAUGCAAGUCGUUAAAUGCAUCACUGAUUGGAAGAAGCUCAUUACUGCAGAGUUUAACGUAAAGGAUGUGCCUUCUUUGACGGACACUAUGCAUGAGAUUCCUGUUCUUGCAUACUGGACAAUCAGUACCUUGGUCACUUUUACCAGCCAUAUUGAUUUCUUGGGUGAAAAGGGUUACAGAUAUGACCUGUCUAAGUUUGACUAUAAGCUGGACUGCCUUCUCAAAAGUUUCAAGGAACAUCAGGACAAGUGCAACACACAGAUAGGGCGAAUAGAAGAUUACUCAAAGCGCAAGGACAUUAUAAAUAAUACCACUGAAACUGACAUCGUAAAAUUUUUGGAAGCUCUUAUUAUUCCCACUGAUCGUCAGGAUCCAAGACCAGUGGUGUAUGAUGUCGGUAAUAGAAAACCGGUUGUAAUGGGAGUCUUUAAGAACAAGUAUGUGUUAUUGUUCAUUUCGGGCGUUGACAACAUUGAAUAUGAGACUAAGCUUUUAAUAUCAAUCGAUGGGAAAUUGAAGGAAGAAACAAAAGAGGUUGAGGGUUACAAGGAAGAAACAAAAGAGGUUGAGGGUUACAGGAAAGAGGAUUUCAGUAUUUUGUGGAUCCCCAUAGUGAGUGUUUGGGAUGAAGAGCAAAGGAAAAAGGUAGAAAAUGUUACUGAGGUUGGGUGGUAUGUGGUGAAGGAAUUCAAUUUCCAAACAGGUAUUGAUCUUAUCAAAGAGGUAUUCAACUACAAGGGUAGCCCCAUUAUCUUGCUCAUUAGCCCUCAGGGUAAAGUGGAAAAUCCUGAUGCAAAACAAAUUAUUUCCACAUGGGGGAUUGAGGGAUUCCCUUUCAGAACCUCUGAUCUGACCCGACUUACUCAACAAUGGAACUGGUUUUGGACUGAAAUGAAGAGCCUCAGUCCAACAAUAAGGAAAUUGACCGAUAGAGACUGUUACAUCUUCAUCUAUGGAGGUACCAACACCAAGUGGAUUAAUGAUUUCACCACAGUUGUGAAGAAAUGGAAAAAUAGUGGAACUUUCAACCUAGUGGAAACCACAAUUGAGUCCUAUCAAUUGGGAAGCGAGAGCCCCAAGAUCAUUCCACGCUUCUGGAUCACCAUAGACAACUUGCUUGCUAGCAGGAAACUAACAAAGAAGGGUGGUGAAGAAGUGGAAGACUCUACAACAAAAGAGAUUAAAGACUUGUUGUUCCUCAAACAAGAUCCAAAUGGAUGGGCCAUUCUUAGUAAAGGAUCUCACGUGAAGCUUUUGGGUCGUGGUGAAGCUAUGCUUAGAACUGUCACAGACUUCGAAGUUUGGAAAGAGAAAUUGGACCAUGAAGUGAGCUUUGAUGUAGUUUUCAAGGACUACUAUAACAAAUGCAAGGAUAAGAGUGUUCCUCAAAGAUGUGAACAUAGGGAAUUUGCUAAUUACCCCACUGAUAUUCUAGCUCACAUACCAUGUCCAAAUAAAUGUGGACAUGAAAUGGAAGUAGCAUCUGUUAAAUACAAAUGUUGCCAUGGUCAUGAAAGCGAUGACAUUCCCUAA